AUGACUACUGAUAAAGUUUGGGGUGACUAUCCUGUUUAUUACAAGCAACCAGUUAGAUGGUUCAAAUAUCAUGCACACACCAAACCUCAUUUUGUUUGGGCUAUUGGAUUAGGUUUAGCAGCUCCAUUAUUAUUGGCUAUAUCCCCUAUCAGAAGAAAGUACUUGUACGCUGACCAUGAUCCAAUUCCAAAGGUAUACCCUUUACCAACCAGAGCUAGGGACACCAACUUAACUGGUUUUGACGACGAGUAA